AUGAAUAUUGUUGAUGCUUCAGGUUUCAUAAACUCCCGAAGCUUAAAUGCGCCUAUGAAACUUUUUUUAAAAAGCUUUUAUCUUAUCAAUACAACUCAAGAAUUUAGCAUUCCAUUAUUUGAAAAAGAAAAUAUAAUUUUAGCUACUGGAAAAUUUAGAAUAGUUGAAUAUAUAAAUGAAAAGAAUGAAAAACUUUCUGCUUUAAAAAUUAUUUUGAGUAACAUUGUGCAUCUUGGUAUUGAACCAGAUGAUCUUCCGAAGUUUUCUGCUUUGGUUAAUAUGAUUGCAAUAGUAAAAGAACCUCCACUUAUCAAUGAUGAUGAUGGAUUUAUGACAGUUGUAAUGAGCAACUAUAUAGAUCAAGACCAAAGUGAAACUAAAAUAAAAUGUUACUACUUAGCAACUGCACCUCAUUUGACUCGCUUAACUCCAGCUAUAAAAAAAAAUUCAAUUCUUUAUAUUAAUGAAACUGAAGAUUCUGAUAGUUCAAGUAAAGCUAUUAGCUUUGCUGAAAAAAUUGCAGCAAAAUUUGAUAAUAAACAUGUCACAAAAAACAAAUCACUAGUCAUUAACUUACCUGUAACUAAAUCUCCUUCAAAGACUGAACCUUAUACACAAAUCAAUACAAAUAAGAAAUCACCAGUAACUAAAUCUUUUAAAACUAAACCUUCUUCAACACCUAAACUAUAUACACAAACUAGAAGCAAACACAAAUUGACAGACUUGGCAAAGAACAUGUUAAAUAACUCAAAUGAAACAAAUUAA